AUGAAUCGCAGUGCUACGCCACCUUCCAUUUUUAUAUUUGGAGACUCAACGGCCGAUGUUGGAACAAACUCGUUCUUGCCCAAAAGCCAAAUACGAGCCAACUUUCUUCCCUAUGGGAUUGAUUUUAUCCAUUCAAAACCUACAGGACGCUUUAGCAAUGGCUUCAAUAGUGCUGAUUUUCUAUCUAUUCUAAUGGGGCAUAAAAGAAGCCCACAACCGUGGCUGUUCUUUCUAAAAACAGGCCUCAAUACUCGGAUGUUUAGAGGCAUAAACUUUGCAUCCGGAGCAGCAGGUCUUUUAGAUGUUACCGGAAAAGCCCUGAACAUUGUAUCUAUGUCGGAGCAAAUCAAUCAAUUUCAGAGCGUUUGUGACAUGUUAACAUACUUAAAGGGUCGAGAAACUGCUAAAAAUCUACUUGCAAAAUCCAUGAUCGCAAUUAGUAUUGGUAGCAACGAUAUUUUUGACUAUGUUGCAAAUCGAAGCACAGUUGAUCCUGUUGUGUUUAUUGAUUCUUUGAUGACAUCUUACGAGGGUCACAUAAAUAAAUUAUACAACCUUGGAGCACGAAAAUUUGGGAUCAUAAGCGUUUCACCAAUCGGAUGUUGCCCGUCACAGAGGAUUUACAAUGCCACGGGUGGAUGUUUGGAGAUUGAAAACACUCUUGCUCAAAUUUUUUAUUCGUCACUAGACGCUUUACUAAAGAAACUCACUUGUAAGCUACCUGGAAUGAAGUAUGCACUUGGAAAUUCAUAUGAAAUGACCAUCAAUGUUAUCAAUAACCCUCAACUCUUCAAUUUCACAUCCAUCGACACAGCAUGCUGUGGUGAAGGAUGGCUAAAUGCAGAAAAAAAUUGUUCUCCGCUAGCAAAUUUGUGUUCAAAUCGCAACAAUUACCUCUUUUGGGACUUGUACCAUCCAACACAAUACGCUUCGCAGCUUGCAGCUACAACUUUAUACAAUGGCGGACUGCAAUUUGUAACUCCCAUCAACUUUGCUCAAUUGUCAGCAUAUUGAUUAAUCUGUCUUGGAUGACUUUUGUCACGAUU